GUCUGUGACAAGGUGCCCAGAGGGUGACUGGAGAAGAGAGCCUGCUGGGAAGGACGCGCUGCGGUGAGCCCACGGCGGGGAGGACUCGCCACCGCCCGCAGGCGGUGGGUGCGCAGGCGGCAUGCGCUCCAGGGUUCACCCCGCGCUGCCGCUGCUUCUCGCGCUCCUGAUGCCGGUCAGCACUGUCAACAGCACCCGACAAGAAAACGAUCUUACUAGUCAAACAAAGGGAGACAGCCAGCUUCUACAGCGAUCCAAGAGAAGUUGGAUUAUUACCACCUUGGAGCUGGAGGAGGAAGACCCGGGACCCUUCCCCAAAUUUGUGGGUGAGCUGUUCAAUAAUAUGUCCGCUAACAUGGAAAUAAUAUAUUUAAUCAGAGGACCUGGUGUGGAUGAAUAUCCAGAGAUUGGUUUGUUUUCUAUAGAGGAUAAUGUGAAUGGGAAAAUAUAUGUUCACCGCUCUGUUGAUAGAGAGAAAACACCGUCUUUUAAGGUUUAUUGUGAUGUUGCCCAUCGCUUAACAGGGCACAUCGUGGAUAGAUCCUUGAUUAUCAACAUCAGGGUCAGUGAUGUGAAUGAUCACGCUCCCGAGUUCCCUGAGAAGGAAUUUAACAUCAGUGUGAAGGAGGACCACGCCGCAGGUCAACCUGUUUUUCAGAUGUUAGCACUGGAUCUGGAUCAAGAAAAUACUCCAAACUCUCAAGUGCUUUACUUCCUUGUUUCUCAAACACCGGUACUGAGAGAGAGUGGUUUCCGGAUUGACCGUGUUAGUGGAGAAAUACGACUGUCAGGAUGCUUAGAUUAUGAGACGGCGCCUCAGUUUACAUUAGUCAUUGGAGCGAGGGAUUGUGGCAACCCGCCGCUGUCGUCCACAGCCACGGUUCAUGUGCGUGUGCAAGACAGCAACAACCACAUGCCCAGGUUCACCCAGGACCACUAUAACAUUCAGAUUUCGGAAGGCCGGGCCAGCCAGGGUGUGUUACGUCUCGGGGUUCAAGAUGGUGAUUCACCAUUUACAGCCGCGUGGAGAGUGAAGUUCGACAUAACGAAUGGCAACGAAGAGGGACAUUUUGACAUUUCGACGGAUCCUGAGACCAAUGAAGGGAUUUUAAGUGUUAUCAAGCCUUUGGACCAUGAGACUCAGCCAGCGUGGAGCCUGGUCGUGGCCGUGGAGAACGAAGAACCGCUCUUCUCCUGUGAAGGGGGGCAGCUGCAGAGGCCCCGGCAGGCCUCAGCCAGCGCCAUCGUGAGUGUACGGGUGACCAAUGCCAACGACCCACCCACCUUCCACCCGGGGACCUUCAUCGUCAGUGAGGUCGAUGGUGCAGGGCCGGGGACUCGGCUGGGAAUGUUCAAUGCUACAGAUCCAGAUAGAACCGCUGGAAAGAUAAGAUACAAACUGGCUUAUGAUCCCGCAAACUGGGUCAGCAUAGACGAGAGCUCUGGGGUGGUCAUCACUGUGAAGCCGGUUGACCGUGAAUCUCCUCAUGUCAAUGACAGCAUUUACGUAAUCAUCGCUCAUGCUAUUGAUGAUGGUGUCCCUCCACAGACGGGCACGGGGACCAUGCUGCUCUUCCUGUCAGACGUCAACGACAAUGCUCCCGUGCUCCGCCCGAGCUCUCAGCACCUGGAGGUCUGUCAGUCUGCCGGAGACAAGGCCCUCCUCAUCGAGGCGGAGGACAGUGACCUGGAGCCCUACUCCGACCCCUUCACCUUCAAACUGGACAGCACGCGGGGAGAUACAGGAGACAUGUGGAGACUAGGGGAAAACAGGGGUUAUUCAGUGGAACUUCUAAUGCAGAGAAGCCUUCCACUUGGUGACUACUCUGUGCCGCUUCUCAUCGGAGACAAACAGGGACUUUCCCAGAAGCAGACUGUCCACGUGAGGGUCUGCUCCUGUCCCGAUGGAUUCACCUGUGCAGAGCCCCUCGUCGGGAGAGCUGGGGUCCUGCAGGGGGCUCUGGCCCCUCUCGGUGUAGCGUUCAUGGCUCUAGCAGCUGCUCUGCUCCUCCUGCUGCGAUGCCGCCUUGUGUCCAGAGCCGAGAGGCAGGGUCACCUUGUGCCAUGGGAUGAGGGGAUCCAGACCCUGAUCACGUGGAACGAGGAGAGCAGAGCCGAUCCUCUACAGGGAAGGUCAUACCUCAGGGAUCACAUGCCAGCCCCGUCCAUCAGCCCAGCAGAGGUGGGCGCCAAGCUGGGAGCUAAGAGUCAUGGCGUGUUUUUUGAGUCAAGUGUGAGAAACAAAUACUCUACUCCUGUUUUCCUCGAUACCACAGUGCCCAGAGGACCCCUGGAAAUGAGAGCAGGAGUGAUAAUGGAGGUGCUGAGUCAGCUCUGUGGCACCCACGACCCCGAGGGUAAUCCUGGCUACCCACCUCACAUCUACGCAGAGGAGGGCGAGUGUGAGCAAGCAGACAGCCUCAGUUCUCUCACCUGCUCUGAACAUGACCUACCGCCUGACUUGCUGGACUCUUUGGGGCCAAAGGCUGCUCCACUAGAAGAAAUAUAUUCUGAAUCAGCUUUUCGUUCCCCCCAAAAUGCAUAUUUUGGUUGAUUGGAAUAAUUCACUAGGGGAAAAUCACUAUUCUAGAAUGCUUUUUUUUUUCUUUUGUUUUUAAAAAAUUACCUUCUAGUUCUAACAGAAAUGAGGGUAAAUUGAGUCUGGAUUAAAUGAUUGGACAUUCUGGGACACCUUGAACUAAAACAAAACAGCAGGUCAUACUUUUUAAAAAAAUUUGUCAGGCAUAUUUUCUAGAGAAACUUGAAUUUAAUUGUGUAACUCCUUGCUUCCAUGAGCAGCCCAACUCUGAGAAUAAAUGAAAUAUAAUCUACAGAUUACCCCAAUUAUUUGGGAACAACAGGUAAUACUGGGAAAACAGAUUUUUCAGUGCUUACUUAAAUUUCUUUAUUAUGGUUCUGCUUCAGUUUAAGUGAAAAACAAUAGGGUAAUAUUUUGUAGAAUAUUUGCAAUUAGUAUUUUUAGUGAUUUUUAAAAACAUAUUAAUCCCAUUGCACUUUUUGAGUAGAUAAAUAGAUAAAAUUUAUUACUAUAAGAGAAAUAAUUAAAACUUAAAACUUUAUGAGUGGUAAAUAUUAAAAAAAAAACUUACAUAAUUUAACUUGUAUAUACUAUGUAAUUAAAAUAACUUAAGAGCCUUUGAGUGACUAAAUUCUGAUUAAAUUCUAUUUUUAUACAAUACCACAAAAUUUAAUUGAUUUUUACACAUCCACUUACCACUAGUGUAAACUGUGGGGGAGGUGAUAGUGUCCUUUAUCUAAAAAAAAGAAAUGUAAAUAGUAGGACAUGUGCCCUAUAUAUACUCAGUUUUCUUGGCUGUGUAACAGAUAAGAAGCUGGUUAAGCAAAAUUUUAAAAGAUACCAAGACACUUUAAUGUAUAUAUUAGAUAUCUAAAAGCCUAUGGCAAAUUCUAAAAAAUUUAUAUAAUUAAUGAGCAUAGUCUUUUGUGCACACCCUCCUGAAUUCGAGUCCAACUCUUCAUGAUCCUAUGAACUGUAACCCACCAGGCUCCUCUGUCCAUGGGAUUUCCCAGGCAAGAAUACUGGCGUGGGUUUCCAUGACUUCUUCCAGGGGAUCUUCCUGACCCAGAGAUCAAACCUGUGUCUCGUACAUCUCCAGCACUGGCUGGCAAGUUCUUUAUCACUAAUGCCACCUGGGAAGCCCCAAGUUUUAGCUGAUGUAGAGUUAAAACUUUUCUUUCUAAAGAAGCUGUGGAAAUACUAAAAGAGAUCACAAGAAUUAGUACAUAGUUAUUUCAUGUGUCACCCAGUGCUUUGGGUAACUGAAAAAGAAGAAAACCAUCUCCAAAGGAUUGGAAAGUCUAAAACUGACUCACAGUUGUGUAGAACAGCUGUGCUAAUUCUGGAAUGAUUCUGAGGAGUCUACAAUGUUUUCUGGGGAAUUCAGGAUAAUAGUCCUAUCUUAGAACAGUAUACUUCUUGACUCUGAAUGGCUGGUUAGCGUCAGUAGGAAGUCAUUGGACCUUCCUGGAUCUGAGGCAAGGGACAGAAAACUAUGGCCAUG